UCUUUCCUAUGAGGAAAGGCUGAAAGAGGUGGGCUCGUACAGCCUGGAGAAGAGAAGGCUCCUUAGGAGACCUUAGAGCAGCCUUCCAGUACCUAAAGGGGGCCUAUAAAAAAUCUGGAGAAGAACUUCAACAAGGCUAUGUAGUGACAGGACAAGGGGGAAUGGCUUUAAAUUGAAAGAGGGAAAUUUAGAUUAGCUAUUAGGAAGCAGUUCUUUACUGUGAGGGUGGUGAGACACUGGCACAGGCUGUCCAGAGAAACUGUGGCUGCCCCAUCCCUGGCAGUGUUCAAGGCCAGGCUCGACAGGGCUCUGAGCAACCUGGUCCAGCUGAAGAUGUCCCUGCUUAUUGCAGGGAGGGUGGAGUAGAUGACCUUAUAAGGUCUCUUCCGACCCAAACUUUUCUAUGAUUCUAUGAUCUUGUAGGCUUUCCCAUAGAUGCACUACAAAGCUAAUUGUGUCUUCCCAAGGGUCUAAAGACCUCGAGAGCACUUGACUGUUUAAAAAGAACUGUCUUAGGAGGGAGAGUCAGAGCCAGUUUUCAGGCUGCAGCUUCAAAGAAACACAGAGAGAGAUCCCAUCAGAGGGUGUUUGGAGGAAGAGGCUUUCUCACAUUCCAGGGGAUGGUCAUUCAGGGAGAGUGUAAUAGACUCUUGUUAUUAAAACUUCUUUUCAGAGCCUUAUUUCUAAGUAACAAUAUUAUUUCAUUAAAGAAUAUUAGGCUUAAGGUUAAGAAAGAAUAUCAUAGGCCCUAAGGAGAGCAGAACCAGAUCUCAGCCAGAGCUUUGUCUGGAAAGAGGACCAGUUCAUCACAGCCUGUUUUGAAAGAAAAACAAAAUGAAGGAACUAGUGUCAAACAGUACAACCAGUAUAUCUCAAGCCAGGAAAGCUGUGGAGCAAUUAAAAAUGGAAGCAUACAUGGAUAGGAUAAAGGUAUCCAAGGCUGCAGCAGAUUUACUGGCAUAUUGUGAUGCUCAUAUUGGAGAAGAUCCUCUUAUUAUUCCAGUGCCUGCAUCUGAAAAUCCCUUCAGGGAGAAGAAACUCUUUUGUACUAUCCUCUGAGUGGGUUUUCAAUUAAAAAUGCCUUCUGCUAAAAUUUGGUGUCAGUGUUGCAUGCUUUUAGUUUUAGCACUUUUUUCUUCAGAUAUCAAUACUUAGACUAUAACAACACUAUUUUUAGAGG